CCUCUCCCGCGCCCCUCGAUCCCAGAUCCCCAUCUCCAAGUCACCCUCUCCCUCCCUCAGAUCUCGAUCCGCCGCCGCCCACCAUCGACGACCCUCACCAUAGACGAGAUCGAGCUCCUCCCUCCCUCCCGUUCUCCCCUAGCCUUAUCCACUCCGAGCCAACCAACCACUCCGUCCUUGGGAUUUUGUCGCGCGGCGCCUUGUCUCGCCGGCCCGGCGACCACAGGUAGGCAGUCCACGGCCAGGAUGGCGGCGUGCCCCGCCACGACCACGUACGCGCAAGUCGGUGGCGCUGCCGUGCCAGAUGGUGGACGCCGACGACCCGGCAGGCAGCGCGGCGGGCGCGGGGGGCUGGGGGAUGGACAUCGGCUGGCCCACCGACGUCCGCCACGUCGCGCACGUCACCUUCGACCGCCGCCAGGGCUUCCUCGGCCUCCCCGUCGAGUUCGAGCUCCAGAUCCCCUGCCCAGCGCCCAGCGCCAGCGCGAGCGUCUUUGGGGUGUCGCCGGAGUCGAUGCAGUGCGGCUACGACGACAGGGGGAACUCGGUGCCCAAGAUCCUCCUGCUCAUGCAGGAGCGGCUCUACUCCCAGGAUGGCCUCAAGAUUGAGGAUAUUGUCUGA